AUGGAGCUGGGCGAUGACGGCUUCGUGGUGGUGAAGAUGAUGCAAUGGCGCUGGGAACGAUUCUUCAUUGGGAGCGAUGGGCGAUGGCGCCGGGAACGAUUUCUGGUUCGGGAGAGAAGGGUUUCAAUUGGGGGGCAAGCUGCAACGGCUAAAAAUAGAGCAGCUGAGCAGCAACAGAGCUCCAAAUGUUCCCUCAAGAAAUUAGCCAGAACCGUCAUUACUAGGACCAUGAUGGUGGUUAUGGUUGUGGUGGUGGUGGUGGUGGUGAUGGUGGUGGUGAUCGUGGUCAUGGUGUUCAUGGUGGUGGGUGGAGCAUUUGAUGACGGGAAAAUGAGGGGUGGAAACGAGGGAGCUUAG